AUGGCAAGACUCGCAGUUGUAGCAGCUCUUUUUGCAGCCCUCGUACUUAUCACCGAUGCCCACCGCACCAUCAUCAGCGCCACCAACGAGAUCAUUGACGACAAUUCAAAGCAACAGAAGUGUAGGAUGCAGAUCAAGAGACUGAAGCUCACCCACUGCGAGCAGUACUUGAUCGAGCGCGAACUGCUGCUGUUGGGUCAUGCACUCCUCCUAAACCAAGAGCAAGAGGAGGAGCACCUGAAGCCGUGCUGUGACCAAAUGGAGAAGCUGGGCACCAAGUGUCGAUGCAUGGGUUUGGAGCAGAUAGUCGAGCAGCUGCGGGAACAGGGAGAAAUGCAGGGUGAGGAGGUUGAAGACAUGGAGGAUUGCGCCAGACACUUGCCGUCAGAUUGUGACUUGGAACCCCAUACCUGCAAGUUUUAA